ACAUAUCUAGUCAAUGUUUAUCAUUAAAAGUAUCAGUUUUUAAGUAUUGUGGAUAAUAGUACGGGUUGACCUAUGUAUUUUAAUUGUUUAACUCAAAUCUGGCGCGAAAAGUAAUUUCCUGGAAGCUUUUUUGUUGUUAAAAAAUAGGCUUUGGAUUGUUGUUGGCUCAUUAUAAAACGAGGCACUGAGAAAUGUUUUUCCUCAUAGAGCAGUCGGCAUGUUGUUUUACCCUGAACAAUGUUUAUUUUGUGUGCUGUUAAAUGUGGCAUCUGUAUGCAACUUAAUCGACAACUAGACUUGAGUGAUUUAAAUUGCAUUACGUGUGAUUUUUAUUCCACCUUAUUCUGUUCGAAUGGAAUUAUAAACUAUAACAACUCAUUAUGAUAAAGUGUACGGUUACCAGAAUAUCCUGCAAACAUAAGAUUUUCUUUAGUGUCUACCUUAACCUUACGUUAACGGUUAACCUUAACACACAUUUCGCACAAUAUAUUACAAAAGAAAUGUUUUUGUACAAAAUAUAAAUACCUGUUUUUUUAUUAUUAUUUCUUAAUUCGCGCCCUUUUAAACCUGCUUGUGUAACAUGUUCGGUAGGGUUUUGUGUAACACUUCGCAUCCCCCACCCAAAUGUUUGAAUUUCCCGCGAGGCGUAGUCCUCACGUGACUUUGUGGAGAAUUCUGAUUGGUUCAUCUGAUGAAAGAUUUAAAGGAACAAACAAAGCAGUAAAAUUUUUCCCCUUGCCUAUUGGCUGAGAAUGAGCGCCAAGAAUCGAAAUAUCGGAUAUAAAAGAGUAUCCCUGAUUCUCUAGCAUUCAGUUCAUUCACUCUUCUACUUCUUCGCUUCAGCUGGACUGUUGACCUUCAAGCUCAUACUUUUGCUUUUAUUUAUUUGUAUCUGGCUUUGUUAUAAAAGUCGCGUUACAUAUUUUUUAAAAUUAACCUCGUUUUCUGUUUUACCCAACGCUUUAUUUAAAUUUCACAAUGAUGUCAACUCGCUCUCCACUGAAGGCCAAGAAUGAAAGCUCAGUUUCUGCAAAAAUAAGUAACAUGUCCUUGGUGGACAAAGAAAACACGCCACCCAGCCUGAACUCCACCAGAAUUCUGGCGUCUAAAACGGCGCGCAAAAUCUUUGAUGAUUCAGAGGAGCAGACAAAAGUCAGGAAAGGAGCUUUGGUGGAUGAGCCCCUUUUAAGGGAGAACCCCCAUCGCUUUGUCAUCUUCCCAAUUCAGUACCAUGACAUCUGGCAGAUGUACAAGAAGGCAGAGGCCUCCUUCUGGACUGCUGAGGAGGUUGACCUGUCCAAAGAUCUUCAGCACUGGGUUACCCUGAAAGAUGAGGAGAGAUAUUUCAUCUCUCAUGUUUUGGCUUUCUUUGCGGCGAGCGAUGGCAUUGUCAAUGAGAACUUGGUUGAGCGAUUUACUCAGGAAGUCCAAGUGACAGAAGCCCGUUGCUUCUAUGGUUUCCAGAUUGCAAUGGAAAACAUUCACUCUGAAAUGUACAGCCUGUUAAUUGAUACCUACAUCAAAGAUCCCAAAGAGAGAGAAUUUCUGUUCAACGCUAUUGAGACAAUGCCUUGUGUAAAAAAGAAGGCUGACUGGGCACUCAACUGGAUUGGUGACAAAAAUGCACAAUUCGGGGAGAGAGUGGUGGCGUUUGCUGCAGUGGAAGGAAUCUUCUUUUCUGGGUCUUUUGCUUCUAUUUUCUGGCUAAAGAAGAGAGGACUCAUGCCUGGACUCACCUUCUCCAAUGAACUCAUCAGCAGAGAUGAGGGUCUUCAUUGUGACUUUGCCUGUCUCAUGUUCAAGCACUUGAUCAACAAACCAUCAGAAGCUACUGUAAAGAAAAUCAUCAAGAAUGCAGUUGAAAUUGAACAGGAGUUCCUGACUGAUGCGCUGCCAGUAAAGCUUAUUGGCAUGAAUUGUGACCUAAUGAAACAAUACAUUGAGUUUGUGGCUGACAGGCUACUGCUGGAGUUGGGAUUUGACAAGGUCUAUAAAGUGGAAAACCCUUUUGACUUUAUGGAGAACAUUUCCUUGGAGGGCAAGACCAACUUCUUUGAGAAGCGAGUUGGCGAGUACCAGCGGAUGGGAGUCAUGUCUGGAUCUACAGAUAACACUUUCAGACUGGAUGCUGAUUUUUAAAGACUCAAUCUGAGUACCUAAAUGGACACGUGUAAGAUAUGGACUCUUUGGACACUAAGGAGAUUCUGUCGCUCUUAUUCUAGUUUACAUGAUUUCUUUAACUAUUCAUUUGUUUUAAUGAUGUCUUAUACUAUUACUUUUUAUUUUUGUUGUUUUAAAUGAUAAUAAAAAGAACCCAUCUACUUGCUA